CGUUAAAUGUGUUACUCGUGGCUGUGACUUUUGUUUUCUUUUAAUUAUACAUAUAUGGAAUUCAUCACAUCACACUUUCAGUUACGCCAGAAAUCAGAUUAAAAUUAUUGCAUGUUUCCUUAAGAUUAGUUAAUGCUGCUUUCCGUUUUUCCUUUUGUCUUUUGGUAUCGUAGACAGUAAAUCGAUUGUGCAGACACAGAUUGAAUGACUAAAUUGAAUAUGAACACCGAAAUAUGGAACUCAUCGAAAAUGGGCGGCACUGGCGGCGCAUUGAAAGCGUUGACCAAGAAUCUGGCGAAUCAAUUGAAUCUCAAUCGCACCGAUAUGAAGCGAGUUGUGGCCCGUGUGAUAUCCGAGCGACAUGGACAGGGCGAUGUGGGUGAUUACAAUGGACAUAUGUUCUAUGUGCGGCCCGAGCGGAUCGAUUUGACCGAGCAGAUCACACACUCGAAGGAAGCUUUCGAUGAGAUGAUCAAUCAAAAGAAAAUGAAAUUGAAACAGAAUCAGAAUCAGAAUCAGAAUCUGAAUCUGAAGAAAUCGUGCAGCAAUCAAUUGCCCAGCUCGCGUUCGCAGUCUCGCGUGAAGAACAAGAACAACAACAACAACAAGAAGAAGCUGAAGCAAAAGAAACCGGAGCAACGGAGUGUCAACAAUCCAGCCGAGAUUGUCAUGGUAUUAUCCAAGUCGAAGUCAAAGCAGCGCCUGAGCCCCAAGCCAAAGGCAGCAGCAGCAGCAGCAGCAGCAGCCAGUUCAAAGCCGGCAGCAGCAGCUCCCACUCCGGCUCGCACUCCAGUUGCAAAGCCGAAAACAAAGCCAGAGACAAGAAGUCCUAGUCGUAGUCCUAGACGCAGACUGAUGCUGGACACAACAACACAACGUCAGCAACAGCAGCAGCAGCAGCCACAGCCACAGCCACAGUCAGCAAAGGCAGGCAAAGGGCAGCGACUGAAUGCAGGCAAAGUGAUGCGGCAGGAGCAACCCAAGCUGAAGCCCAAGCUUAAGCCCUUGCCACAAGUGGCACCCCAAGCGCAGCCACAACCGCUGCCACUGCGCGACUCGAAGUCGCAGACAGCUGCGCAGCCAAAGCGAGUGCUGAAGAAGCGCAAGAGUCUAAAGCAGCUGCCGCAGCAGGCGAAGGGCAGAAUAAUGCAGAAGAAAGUGUGGCUGGAGCCGUGGCAGAAUCCUAAGCGUCUGGCACCGAAACGCCUCAAGGCGGGCGGAAUUGCAACAGCCAGAGGAGGGCGGGGAGCAUCAGGCAGAGCAGCGCAUUGCAAUGUGGCCUUGGCCUGGCGUCAUCCAUAUCAGUUUCAAGGCGGCGCUGGCGCCACACAGCGUCACAAUAUCGAUCACGGCGUCAAGUCGAGCGCCAGAUCGAGGCUGAAGCCGCGCAUCAAUCGAGGCAGAAAUCAAAUGCGAACACGAACAUCGCUCAAGGAGCAGCGCUUGAAGAAUCUGCGCUCUCAGCUGCAGUUGGCCAAGCAACUGGAGGCCGAGGAGGCCAUCGAUGAUCCGGAACGCCUUGAGGCAGGCACUAUUCUCGACUACGGGCUGCCGGCAACACGAACGCGAAGCAACAUCUUCGUAAAGCGUGGCAAGCAACUGCGACGCUACAAGCUGAGUCCGCGCUUGGAGCAACUCGCCCGACCCGUCAUCCAUGGCAAACCCAAUCCACAGGCCACGACAGCGACAGCGACAACGACAUCGCGACAUCAAUUGUCAGUGCGCAAACCGAAGAAGCCGAGAUCGCAUCGUCGUCGUCGUCAACGGCGCGUUGUCGUCGACAGCAGCCUGGGCAGCAUUGCCGGACUUAAGGGAUCCUCACGCUCUGGCCUGACGCCGGCCAAGCGCCAUUUGACGCUGGCCUUCAUGAACAAGGACGGAGGACGCAGUCCACGACGAUCGCGCAGUGCCAUGUGGCGAUAGAACGCACUUUGUGUUCACUCUGUUCGAUCUGCAUGUGCUCUUAUUUCGAUCAACCAUCACUUGGUCUCUGAAGUUAGCAGUCGAUUCCUGUACUAGAAAUUCACAGGUGCUUAAAUAAAUUACAAAAUUAUAUACUA